AUGGUCAAUCAAAUGUUUAAAGGCAAAAAAAGGUUAUCGGUAUAUGAGAUUGGUGAUCUAUUGGGAUCAAAAUUUGGCAUUAUUGAUGUUUUUUAUUGUGCUGGUGAACUUGAAUCUUUGGGCACUACUAACUUUCAUGAACUUGAUAUUAUACCAUCUAGUAAAAUAUCAAUCAGAGAAGCAGCACAGCUCCAAAGUGUAGCAGUAGAUGUCAUGGUGGACAUUCAUUGA